CCCCUCCGAGGGAGGGGGCCGAGUCGGUUACUCGCCGGGCUGGAGGUGGGGGCCGGUCUCCCACUGGGUUUGUGCGUUUUGCGCCCGCCGCCGCGGAGCCGAGCCCGCCGGCUUCUGAUUGUCCUUUGCAGCUGCCCCGGUAGCUGCCUACUUGUCCCCGGGCUUUAGGGGCAAGAGCCAGCGCGUCUCCCUAAGACCACGGUUACCAGAGCAGAAAGGGCUCACACAACAUAUAAAUCCUGGGCAACAGCGUGGCUGCAGGCGGUUGAACUGGAGCUCCCUGUGGCUUUCUGAGGCGUGAGUGUGUGGAGGGCGUUUCCUCACCCGCAGCCUGCAUCAUGCCAGCCCUGUCCACAGGAUCUGCUAGUGACACAGGUCUCUAUGAGCUGUUGGCUGCUCUGCCAGCCCAGCUGCAGCCACAUGUGGAUAGCCAGGAAGACCUGACCUUCCUCUGGGAUAUGUUUGGUGAAAAAAGCCUGCAUUCACUGGUAAAGAUUCAUGAAAAACUCCACUACUAUGAGAAGCAGAGCCCGGUGCCCAUUCUAUAUUCUGCGGCAGCCUUGGCCAAUGACCUGGCUGAAGAGCUUCAGAACAAGCCAUUAAACAGUGAGAUCAGAGAACUGUUGAAACUACUGUCAAAACCCAAUGUGAAGGCUUUGCUCUCUGUACAUGAUACUGUAGCUCAAAAGAAUUACGAUCCUGUACUGCCUCCUAUGCCUGAUGAUAUUGGAGCUACCAUUAAGAAGGAUGAGCAGACCGGGGCGAUUGUUGUGGCUAGAAUCAUGAGAGGAGGAGCUGCAGAUAGGAGUGGUCUUAUUCAUGUUGGUGAUGAACUUAGAGAAGUGAAUGGAAUACCAGUGGAGGAUAAACGGCCUGAGGAGAUAAUACAGAUUCUGGGUCAGUCUCAGGGAGCAAUUACAUUUAAGAUUAUACCCAGCAUCAAAGAAGAGACGCCCUCCAAAGAAGGCAAGAUGUUUAUCAAAGCCCUUUUUGACUACGAUCCUAAUGAGGAUAAGGCGAUUCCAUGUAAGGAAGCUGGGCUUUCUUUCAAAAAGGGAGAUAUUCUUCAGAUUAUGAGCCAAGAUGAUGCAACAUGGUGGCAAGCAAGGCAUGAAGGUGAUGCCAACCCCAGAGCUGGCUUGAUUCCCUCAAAGCAUUUCCAGGAAAGGAGAUUGGCUCUGAGACGACCAGAAAUACUAGUUCAGCCCCUGAAAGUUUCCAACAGGAAAUCAUCUGGUUUUAGAAGAAGUUUUCGUCUUAGCAGAAAAGAUAAGAAAACAAAUAAAUCCAUGUAUGAAUGCAAGAAGAGCGAUCAGUAUGAUACAGCAGACGUACCCACCUAUGAAGAAGUGACACCAUAUCGGCGACAAACUAAUGAGAAAUACAGACUUGUUGUCUUGGUUGGUCCUGUAGGAGUGGGUCUGAAUGAACUGAAACGGAAGCUGCUGAUCAGUGAUACACAGCACUAUGGUGUAACAGUGCCCCAUACCACCAGAGCAAGAAGAAGCCAGGAGAGUGAUGGUGUUGAAUAUAUUUUCAUUUCCAAACAUUUGUUUGAGACAGAUGUACAAAAUAACAAGUUUAUUGAAUAUGGUGAAUAUAAGAACAACUACUAUGGCACAAGUAUAGACUCAGUUCGAUCUGUCCUAGCUAAAAACAAAGUUUGUUUGUUGGAUGUUCAGCCUCAUACAGUGAAGCAUUUAAGGACACUAGAAUUUAAGCCCUAUGUGAUAUUUAUAAAACCACCAUCAAUAGAGCGUCUGAGAGAGACAAGGAAAAAUGCAAAGAUUAUUUCAAGCAGAGACGACCAGGGUGCUGCAAAGCCCUUUACGGAAGAAGACUUUCAAGAAAUGAUUAAAUCUGCACAGAUAAUGGAAAGUCAAUAUGGUCAUCUUUUUGACAAAAUUAUAAUAAAUGAUGAUCUCACCGUGGCAUUUAAUGAGCUCAAAACAACUUUUGACAAAUUAGAGACAGAUACCCAUUGGGUACCAGUGAGCUGGUUACAUUCAUAAUUACAGGAAGUUUCCACACUUGUGUGUGUAUGUGUUUUGUUUUUAAUAGAAUGCAUGAUUAAAUCAAUUGCCAUUUUGGUGGUAGAGUUUUUUAAUUAUAUCACUAUCAUAGAUGUAUAAUCUUUGUAAAAAUUGAAUACUUGUUUAGUUUGUAUCUUUUCACGGCCUUAUUUGAAAUACGUGUGACUCUAAAAUCUAAGAAUCCACCUUUGCUCAGUACUAUAUUCUGAGCAAAACUUUGGACCUUCCAGUUCUCUUUAAUAUAUCUCUAUCUGCAAUGGGAGGUUGAAUUUUUUAAAGAGAUAUAGCUAGAGACAAUAUAUAUAGACGUUCUGUACUUCAGAAGGUCUCAGACAUGGCCACUGCUAUUUAAUCUGUAUGCCCUUAGUUGAAGGUAUUAACUGAACAGUUUCAAAAACCUCUACAGACAUGUCAGCUCUGAAUUUUCAGGUGGUCACCAUGGACUUAACUGGGCUGGCAAUAAGACAUAGUCUUCUUACUACUUUAAGAAUGCAAACUUUUUCUUAUGUCUACAAAAUACGUUCACAGUGUGUACAUUUUAAAAUCUUAGAGGAGUAACUGAAAAUUUACCUUGAGUGAGUGACCUCAUAUUAUAAUUUUAGAGUAGUCCUUAUAAGUAUGUAUCAGUGACAUAACACGUAAGAAGGGAAAACAGAGUUUUUGUUUGUUUGUUUGUUUGUUUUUAAUACAGGGGUCUCUCUCUAUAACCCAGGCUGGCCUAGAAUUUACCAUCCUCCUGCCUCACACUCCCAAGUAGCUGGGAUUACAGGUGUGUGCCACUACACCUGGCACAGACAGUAGACUUUUAAAAAUUAUUAUAAAUAUAACUCAUAAUCUUUCCAUAUGGUAUUAAGAGUGGGGAAGAAAUAAUUAUAAAGGACAGUUUUAUUUGUAAAUUCUCAGAAGACAUUGCUGGAGUCACCAAAAAGGUAUUUUGAGAAGGCUUUGGAUUUCCCCAAUAAAUUAUAAAAAUGUUAUUCCUAUUCUAAACUAUGUAAAAUAUGUUUUAUAUGUUAGUGAUAGUUAAAAAAUGAUCAUUUUUUCAAUUUGUGCAGUUGAUCACCAUAUAUGUAAAUUGUGCUCUGUUUUAGAAAACUUUUUGUGUAAUGUAACUUUUGUCACCAGAUGAUUCUUAACACUGGCCAUAUACCAUCUUAACCUAAAGAAGUAUAAGAAGGGCUGGGGAUGUAACUCAGAGGUAGAGCACUUAGCUAGCAUGCACAAGGCCUUGGGUUUGAUCCCCAGCACCACAAAUAAUAAUAUUAAUAAUAAAAGAAGAAGAAGUAGUAAAAGAAAGACCCUUAUAUUGUAAAAUAUUUAGAUAGUAUCUCUUGUCUUUCUUUGGUACUAUUGAUUUUCAGAAAGUGAAUUAUAUAAUUCAAAAUACUACAAAUGUCUAUAAGUUCUGUAAGAGAACAUGUCCUGCUAUUUUUGCAUGUAGAAAGAUCUUGCCAAUCAAAACUCACUGCAUCUACGACUUUCAUACAAAAGAAUUAUUUUUUGUCACUUUGUAAAGAAUUUAGAUGUCACAUUUAAAAAAUAUAGAAUGUAGUAAAAUUUUAUAUAUUUAUGAAAUAUUUGAAAGGCAUAUUUUUUUAAUUAUCAAAUGGGGCUCUCCAUAAAAUAAAUUGACUAUAUGUAAAGAUAUCAUAAUUUAAAAUAGUAGUUUUAUAGAUCAAGGUCAACAUUCCAUGUAAAUAUUUGACCUUUACACAGUUAGAUUCACAAGUACAUUAUAUAUACACUGCACAUUUGGUAGCAUUCAUCACUGGAUUUAUUUCAGACAUGUCUAAUUACAUACUAGAAACAGGAACAAAAACUACUUCAAUAGCCCUGAUACAUAGUCACAUCCGAGGUAGUCAGACUAAAUCGUAUUUAACAACAUAAACCGGGUGAGUUCUAAAUUUAUUAAAUACCAAACCAUUUCAUUAAAAAAAAUGAGGGAAAGGUUACCAGAUCUCACAUUGUAGCCAUUCUUAGUUAUAUAGCUCCUCUAAGAGAAGUGCAAGUCUGUUUUGGGUAGAAAGCAUGGAAUCAUGCUUUGAACAUUGGCUAAAAUUUCCAGUGAAAUGAGACUUCCUAUAAAAAGAAUGUGGGAAAUGUAUAAUAGUAUAGGCAAUCUUCUGAAUAAUUUAUUCAUCCUAAUUUCUUUACUCUGAAAUAUCUACAUUGUUUUUUUUUUCCCCUGCAUUUCCAGAUAAAUGCCUCAAUUCAUUACUUUAGGGAUAGAGAUAGUGGAGGGUAGUGGAAACUGAGUCCUUCCAGGUGGUGGUGGUGAUGGCUACAUUAGGAAACUACAACUCUACAGAUCUUUGUCCUUUUUUGGACCAGAACUGAAAAAAAUGUUUUUAAAAUAAUGAAAAGAAGGACAAUUUGAAAAAUCAGGUAGUAUACAUAGUCUUAUAAGUGGUGUUUGUGGGUGCUUAGAGAUUGGAUUAAAAUUUAUAUAAGGCAGGCCAGCUCCAAGGACUUGUUGAUAACUGUAGCAAAAAGGGCCUGGAUUCUGUCCUUCACCCUCAUCCACCAUUUCCCCUGAGGAAAAGAGCACUGUACUCCCAACAUGGAAUGUCAGCCACUAUUUGACAGAAGGGGAUGAUUAAUUUUCAACUGUGUGUUUUAAAAUCCAGAACCAAGAAGGAAAUUCUUUUUUCUCAUGAUUGACAAAUUAGUUAAAAAUAAAAAAGGUGCAAUUGAAAUACAAGUUUUUGCUAUGGCUUUACUAGUCAGUGUAGAAAUUCUUAGUAUCUUUAAGGCUGACAUUUCUUGUAUUGAGUAAUGAUUGAAUGUAUCUAAAUCUGACAAACUGUAAACUCAGAUUUAUGAAACUAUGUUAUUAAAAUAUUCCUGAAGAUAGAUUUUUAUUAUUUAUUUUCUUUUGGAUAAGAAAGGACAAUGGAAAGCCCUUGGUUUUAAUAAAGUAUCUAUAAACAGUA